AUGAAGUACGUUCUUGUCUCCGGAGGUGUCAUCAGCGGCAUCGGGAAGGGCGUGAUAGCCUCUUCGACCGGCCUACUGUUGAAGACCAUUGGUCUCAAGGUGACGUCGAUCAAGGUCGACCCGUAUAUGAAUGUCGAUGCCGGCACCAUGGCCCCCACGGAGCACGGUGAGGUCUUUGUCCUAGAUGAUGGAGGGGAGGUCGACCUUGACCUUGGGAACUACGAGCGAUAUCUCAACAUCACGUUGACGCGAGAGAAUAACAUCACAACCGGCAAAGUGUACAAACAUGUCAUCGAGAAAGAGCGCAGGGGUGAUUACCUUGGCCGCACUGUCCAAGUGGUUCCGCACUUGACGGAUGCGAUUCAGGACUGGAUUCAGCGAGUUGCGAAAAUCCCAGUCGAUGACACGAAUGAAACUCCGGACGUGUGCAUUAUCGAACUUGGAGGUACGGUUGGAGACAUCGAGAGUGCGCCAUUUAUCGAAGCGAUGCGGCAGCUCCGUCGACGGGCGGGCAAGGAUAACUUCGUCAACAUCCACGUGUCGCUAGUUCCAGUCAUUCAUGGUGAACAGAAGACCAAGCCAACACAGCAAGCUAUCCGCGAUGUUCGAUCAGCCGGAUUGAGCCCUGACCUGAUUGCGUGCCGCUGCUCUGAGGCUCUUGAAAAAUCAGCUAUUGAUAAGAUUGCAAUGUUUUGCCAGGUGGAGCCUGAGCAAGUGUUUGGUGUGCACGACGUUACGACUACGUACCAUGUUCCUCUCCUACUUGAAAGGCAAGGCCUCAUCUCUGUUCUUCGUGAUACCCUUAGGAUUGGUGAUCUGUCCGUUCAACAAAAACUCGUUUCUCAGGGUGAAGCUACGUGGAAAAGAUGGAAAACUCUUACCAUUUCUCAAGAACGACUCUUCGAAACUGUCACAAUUGCUUUGGUUGGCAAAUAUAUCAGUUUGCAUGAUUCAUACCUCUCAGUCAUCAAAUCGCUCGAACAUUCCGCGAUGGCUUGCGGAAGGAAAUUGAAUCUGGUUUGGGUUGAUUCUUCGCACUUGGAGAAAGCCACGGCACAGGAAUCCCCAGAACAAUACCACAAAGCGUGGCAUGAAGUUUGCACUGCUGAUGGCAUCCUUGUCCCCGGUGGAUUUGGAACGCGAGGCACCGAAGGUAUGAUUGCGGCUGCGCAAUGGGCUAGAACAAAGCCUAAGCCCUACCUUGGUGUUUGCCUUGGCAUGCAAAUUGCUGUGAUCGAAUACGCACGAAACGUAUGCAAGAUUGCUGGCGCCGGAUCCAUUGAAUUGCAGGGCGAAAGCACUCAAGAUCCCGUCGUCAUUUUCAUGCCUGAAAUUGACAAAGUCAAUUUGGGAGGAACCAUGCGACUUGGCCUCCGGCCUACCAUUUUCCAAAAGGGUACGGAAUGGUCUAAACUUAGAGCUCUGUAUGGAGUAUCCAAUGAGUCGAUUGACGAACGCCACCGUCAUCGCUAUGAGGUGAAUCCAGAGUAUAUCGAUCGCCUCUCGGACGCCGGACUUAAUUUCAUUGGAAGGGACGACAAGGGUGAGAGAAUGGAAGUUGUGGAGCUCAAGGACCAUCCUUGGUUUGUGGGCGUCCAGUUCCACCCUGAAUAUCUCUCCCGCGUCCUCUCUCCGAGCAAACCGUAUCUCGGCUUCGUUGCUGCGAGCGCUGGUGUACUGGAUGAAGUCACCAAGAACUUGCAGAACAACGAAUAUCUUGUUAAUGGUGUCUUAACUAACGGAAUGAAAAGUUUGGGAGUUUGA